AUGGUGAGUGUUCGCCGUUUCUUUACUGCGGGCGCAUUCGGCCGCGUGAUGCAGGUGCUGGGCGUGUUGGGUGCCUUUGGCAGCGGGAGCUACGCGCUGUACCUUCUCAUGUGGUUCCGCCCGGAUGGAAUUGACACGCUGCGCACAUUUGUCGCAUAUGCAUACCUCACCCUCUUCGCGGUGGUCAUACCGUCGGCGGAGCUGGGGAUGAUGCAGCACCGGCACCUUGUGCGGUUCGCGCGGUUCUUGCUGUCGCAUGUUGGCCGCGCGUUUCUCUACAUCUUCAUGGGCGGGCUGUUGCUGGGGCAGGAUGUGGCUGGGUGGAUCCUUGGGGCGUACAUGAUUGCGCUGGGGGUACUUAACGUAGUUGCAGCGUGUACGACACCACACCACAGCGAUGCCCAGGCAGUGAGUGUGGCAUGA